CCACACUAUGGGUGUGUGAUAGUCUCUCCUGUGGACCGUUUACAUCAUUGGAAGGUGAUCAGUAGUGUGUGAGUUCUCACAUGGCUUGUCCUGAGAACAUGUUUUUUCUCAUUGGCCUCUUUAUGUCAGGUGUUUUGGCCUUUUUUGGCGAACGAGGUUUGAUCGCCACAAUGCCAGAUAGACUGGAUGUACUGACUGGCUCCUGUGUGCAAAUCCCAUGUGCAUUUGAAAUUCCUAACCAAAAGGACUAUACAUUUAACAGCACAAUACUUACCUUUGGAGUGUGGAUUAAAGAAUCACCACAGUUUGCUCAGAGUCCGAACAAUGUGAUAUUUAACAGUAGUAAGACGGACAACAGAUAUCAAGGGAACAUAACUGGAAACAUGUCCCAGAAGAACUGCACCACAGUCUUCUUCAAUGUAACCACCAGUUACUCUGAUAAAUACUUAUUCAGGAUUGACAGUCAACCAUACCGUGCAACAGACCCAGACAAGUCUGUUAAUAUAGAUGUCAGGGAUUUGCCUCCCAGCCCCAUCAUUACUGUCUCAGGUGAGGUGAAGGAAGAGACCCCUGUCAGUUUGAACUGCUCUGCUGUCGCUCCCUGUCCCGAACACCCCCCUGAGCUGACAUGGACCCUCCCAACACAGUUCACACCUGAGAACCAACUGCAGGAGAAUCCAGACCAAACCAAAUCAGUUCUCUCCAUAGUGAACUUCACUCCGUCAUACCUUCAUCAUGAGAAAAACAUCACUUGUACUGCAGUCUACCCAGUAGGGACAAUCAACAAGACAGCUGAACAUACCAUGAUGCUUAACGUUUCAUUCUCUCCUAAGGACACCUCAGCCUCCAUCAGUCCAGCUGGUCCAGUAUUAGUGGGCAGCUGUGUUAAUCUGACCUGCAGCAGUACAGCCAACCCUCCUGUGACAAACUUCACCUGGUUCAAUAUCAGUGGGGGUAAACCAACACAGAACUCGCCGGUUGGGACGGUGUGUGUUAACCAGACCACAGCCGGAGAGAAACCAGAGGAACCUGCAGAAGACCAGCCUGAAGAGAUCCACUAUGGUGACAUAGACUUCUCCAAACUACGGCCCAAAGAGACCCCAGCUGCAGCCCAGGACAGGAACAGGGUCCAGGGGCAGGAGACCCAGAGUAAGACUGGUCUGAGAGCCCAGACCAUCAAGACGAAUGACCCAUAA